GUUCACUUGUCCACUUUCUUAUCGCUUAGAGAGCACAAUCACCAGUCUCUAGAGAGCACGGUCUUUUAAAAAAGCGUGUUAUAGAUUACUCACUCGUAUGACAGAUACGGAUAGUGACGACGAAAAAUUAGCACCUGCGGCUCGUGGAAUGGCUGCGGAAUCCGGUGGCACUGCGACCGCCGCAGAACCUCACUUUGUCUACAGGCAGCAGUGGCGUUCGUGUCAUCCAUCAAAUCCUGAAACAGUCUCUCGCUUUCAAGAAGAAACGAAUGCUUUGAAAAUUCCAGAAAAGGCGGCGUAUGUACAAGCAAUGUCAUGCUGCCCUGAAAUCGUCCACAGAGAGUCCAAUCUGUUACUCUUUCUACGCCAUGAGAAUUUCAACUUUCCCGCUGCGACCAAACGGCUGGCCCUGCAUUGGAAACAUCGACUAGAGUAUUUUGAAGACAGGGCUUGGCGACCUCUCUUUGACUUUUCGGGGCAUGGUGCGUUAACAAGCGACGAUAUUGCAAAAAUAAAACUGGGGUUUCUGGCAAAACUUCCAGCGGAUAAUGAAGGACGUCCUGUCAUUUGCGUCGAUCGUAAUAGAUUGGACGGAAUGGGCGAUGAGGUGAAUUCUGCACGCAUGCGCAUUCUUUUUUUCUGGCUCUCAUUUAUUUCCGGCUUUACAAACGUGCAAGAUAAAGGGUUCGUUGUACUGAGGGUCACGAGAGGGCAAAGCAUUGGGAGAAGCGGGUUGGCAAAAGUUCAAAAUUUAGUGCGUGAUGCCAUGCCACUAAGAAUUGCAGCUUUUCAUAUAUGCUCACUACCACCGCCAGGAGGACGAAAAUCUUUCUCAGACGUAGUAGUUCCGAUUGUUCUUCAGCUGAUGCAACGUGCACUAGGAAGGAGGGCUAACGUGCAUACAGCAUCCACUGGUGCGGAAAUGUUAGAGAAGCUUAAACCCUUUGGGUUGAAAAAAGAUUCUCUUCCACGCAUUGUUGGGGGGUCUUGGAGCUACGAAAAAUUGGACGCCAUUAUUUUGCAGCUUUCGGCAAGGUUCAGAAAUGGUGAAGGAGCAACUGCUGAUGUACAGAGUAGCGAUGCUGGUAACAAUAUCCGGGCCAAUCCUGCUACCGGCGACGAAUUUUCGUAUUUGACAGACCGAACUGUCUCCAUACGGACCAGGCAUGUGGAGACACAGAACCGAAAGUUUAUGAAGCGAAAAAUGGAUAUGGUUCAACAGAAGCAUAUGCAAUCUGAAGGCGAAAGAAGGUUGUAGAUUAUGACUGUUCAAUCUUUCUCUCAUCCUGAGCUCAAGGAAAGACGGAUACCCCCUCGUUACAUUGAUUUCGCCGUCAGUGCCGUAAAUCGAGGUUAUCCUAUGAAAUGGCAACAGCUCGACAAAUGUGACGCUUCGAGGUUAUUGUAUCCUUUGUGUCCCUCUACUAGUUCCAAGAAUUACCGAAACGCCAGUAGUAAGUGGUACACGUUUCUGCAGAGUCCCAGUCACGGUCCUUGGUAAUUGCUUUGCUUUUGGAUACUUAAACGCCUUCAUGUUCUUGGCUGCUCAAAUGAAGGUCGAGCUCUUGUUGACUUAUCUGGCCAAGGCUACCUAGAUGAAAAAAAUCUCGAGUGCACGAGAAAUGGAUGGGUGGUAAAGCUACGGACGAUUCUAGCGAAUGGCCAGAUCACCAGAGGUGUAGUAUGCAUCCGUCAUGUUGAGCGCCCUGUUUUAGACGGAGCUUUGAAACCCCGGAUGCUGAAAUAUGUAAAGAAGUAAUGUCUGUCAAGGUAUAAGGGUUUCAUCUAUGCUGCUUCCAACUCAAGUUGGAAAAUCGGACGCAUUCGGAUAAGCUGGUCCCUCUUCUCAUCAGCUUCUCAAGGCUGCCUUCAGAGGGAAGGAUUUUACACUUAUUAUCGGACGCCACAACAAUGGCACCUAAAUAUUUCCGCAUGAGAUUGCGUCAAACAUAGUACCCGCAAAUCUUGGGGCGUGCGAUUGUACGGCAACUUUGAGGCUUGUUUGAUGCCAGCUGUUCAGUGCAAGAUAUAAGCUUUGUCGCUUCCGCUGGGCUCGACUGAAAGCCUAAUGAUAGUCCCGUAGCCAAGGUUCAAUGCGUGCACCCGCCUUUGUCUAAGGUCAUUAUGCUGACGCAUGCGAAAUUGCGAAAGGGACCAGCUGAGUUGGAGUAGAAUGGGAAAGUGCGUAAGACGCAAAAUUGCUCGGUUUUCACUAAUGUAAACAGCUUUCGCUUGACUGAAGCAACUUCAUGAAAGCAGCUCACUAACAGUGGGGGAAGGUACCUACUCGCAGAAACACAAACGAUCCCAGAUUGAUUGCAGCGAAUUGGCCUGAAUUUCAGAAUUGCAAGGGCUAUAGCUCUAAAAAAAAUUAAAAAAGCAGAUAUG